CUCAUUAUCUAAAGUGAAUCUCAUUCCUUAUCUUUUAGAUCCGCCGCUUGCUAGUUUUGACUCAUUAGACUAGCAAAUUUGCACCUUGAAAAUUUCGAAGGACAAGCCCUCCAGCCAUUAGCAGCACAUGGUGGCUGGCUUUGUAUCGAACAACAAGCGAUAGGAAAACAGUAAAUCUAAUCUACAUAGUAAAGCCCCCCAUGUUCGAAGCUAAAAUAGAAGUGAUAAGAUCUGUAAAGGUAUUAUCUCAUUUUAAUUAACACUAGAUCGUCACUAGCCAAUACCACCACCAUGAUUAGACAUGUUCAUGCCUCCCCAACCUGCUGGAACCGUAUUUUUCUUUUCUUUUCAUCUAGGUGCUCGCGUGCCAUGUGGCUUUUGGCCUUUCGCUUUGCGGAUACUUCUUAUGUGCUGACAUCAAUAUUUCAUCAUUCUUAUAUCCCCUUCUCUUUCAUACGACAAUCCUAAUUCCUACCGGUCCUAUUUGCGACUUACCUCGGUUUACCGUUGCAGAGCUACCCAGUGGUCUGUAAGUCGGAGCAGCUACUCUGUGUGACCUACCAAACUCGUCGCAAACGACCAAAUUUGCUAGCCUAGAGGUCACUCAUCAACAUGGCGUGGGUUCACGACUUCAACGUUAGGGUUGCGAAGAGUCCUGUCGGGCGGUGGUUCCAGCUCGAGGGAUCAGGUCACCCCAGGGAACGAAAGGGUUCCUACUUUUUCACCGAGCUGCGCGCUGGAGUCGCUGCUUUUUUCGCUAUGGCUUAUAUCAUCGCGGUUAACUCUAGCAUCGUGUCUGACACGGGCGGUACCUGUGUGUGCAACGGCGGACUGGCUGACCCGUUAUGUAAGGUGAACGAGGAGUAUUUGUUGUGUGCUGCUGAAAUCAAGCGCGACCUCGUCACGGCGACGGCCGCUAUCUCUGCGCUAUCGUCGUUUUGUAUGGGCUUGUUUGCAAACCUCCCGGUCUCUUUGGCUCCUGGUAUGGGUCUGAAUGCUUACUUUGCUUAUACCGUAGUCGGAUAUCACGGUGCGGGGCUUGUGCCUUACUCUGUAGCUCUAACGGCCAUCUUCGUCGAAGGAUGGGUUUUCUUCGCUCUUGCUCUAUUUGGCCUCCGCCAAUGGCUCGCUAGGGCUAUCCCGCGAUCGAUCAAGCUUGCUACGAGCGUGGGUAUCGGCCUCUUUCUAACCCUGAUCGGGUUAACAUAUAGCGAGGGCAUCGGUCUCGUGACUGGGGCACAGGAUACGCCGAUGGAGUUAGCUGGCUGCUCGGCUGUAGACACAGAGACCGGGCGUUGUCCCGAUGGCGACAAGAUGCGUAAUCCGAAGAUGUGGAUUGGUAUAUUCUGUGGUGGGGUUCUGACCGUGCUCCUGAUGAUGUAUCGCGUGAAGGGGGCUAUCAUCGCUGGAAUCUUACUUGUCAGUAUCAUUUCGUGGCCACGAGGAACUUCUGUCACCUAUUUCCCAUACACCACCGUGGGCGAUGACGCUUUCGAUUUCUUCAAGAAGGUUGUCGACUUCCAUCAGAUCAGCAAGACCCUCACCGUCCAGCGUUGGGAUAUUGCGGAAUAUGGGGGUCAGUUUGGCUUGGCGUUUAUCACUUUUCUCUACGUCGACAUCCUUGACUGCACAGGAACCUUGUAUUCGAUGGCACGAUUUUCCAACGUUAUCGACCCCGUAACCGAGGAUUUCGAGGGCUCAACCGUGGCAUAUAUGGUUGAUGCGAUUAGCAUAUCUAUCGGAUCUCUCUUAGGAUGCCCACCUGUUACUGCCUUCGUCGAAAGUGGAGCUGGUAUCGCCGAUGGUGGGCGAACUGGUCUUACUUCGAUGACUACGGGCCUGUGUUUCUUCAUCUCCAUUUUCUUUGCACCCAUCUUCGCGUCAAUCCCUCCAUGGGCUACAGGUUGCGUACUGGUUUUGGUCGGAUCAAUGAUGAUGCGGGCAGUGACUGAGAUUAACUGGAAUUAUAUUGGUGACGCCAUACCAGCUUUUGUUACUAUAUUUGCAAUGCCUUUUACGUACAGCAUUGCUGAUGGUCUUAUUGGUGGUAUUUGUUUAUACAUCUUAAUCAAUACCCUGGUGUGGCUGAUCGAGAAGGUAUCCGGAGGACGUAUUGUCCCGCCUAACAAGGCUGAAAAGGACCGCUGGACCUGGAAACUCCGUGGUGGUAUAUUACCACCUUGGGUAAUGCGCCUCUAUACUGGAAAGAGUGGUUUCUUUCAGGAUACUCCUGCGACAGAAUCGAGUGUUGAUGUACCUGGAGAAGACCAUAUGGCGAAGACGAAAUCGAAAGAACAUGGAAGGGGUCACACCGAAGAGUCUACACUCCAGGUCCAGGAGAAGUCUACUUAAAUAUCAUCUGUAUAUGAUGUAACGUGUAUUUAUAGUCAACUCUGUGCAUAUAUGGCAUAUAUAUCUGUCUUGGAUAUAUUUAACUGGGUAGCCCCAUAACAACACACCUUCUACAAUAUUGGGACGGAAGCAUGAUUUGGGUUGAUUUGUAUGUAUGCUACAUUACAAAGAACUUUGGAUCAUAGAUGGAGUCAUACGGGUAAAUAGGAAA